AUGGCAGUUCUAUCAUCUACCAAGAAUGAGGCUUUAAGAUUGAAGUCUGUGCCCUCUUCACAAAAGCAUGAGUGGGCUAGGCUCACUGGCUCAAAUGAGCCUAUCACGUACUCGAUGAAUCUCUGCCUCAUAAGUCUUGUUUAUGCUAUCUGGCUAGUACUCAAGCGUUGGGAAGAAUACUUUUCUCCCGCUGGCCAGAAAAAAGCUGGUAUUAUAGAUUCCAGAAAUUCAAUAAGCUCUUCAUCACAGGAGAAGCUUGAUGAAGAUGAAGAUGAAGAUGGCUUAUUUUCAGAGCAAAGGAUUGGAGAGCACCAUAGGAUGGCUAUUCGGAAGAAUGCUAAUAUUUGCAUGCUGAAGAAUGGCGGAAGAGAAUCCAAUAGAUCACUAGAGCGCGGCGUUCCUGAAUGCUCCAGUCAUGCUCACAACAGCCUACGUGAAGAAAAGACAAUAAAAGCAUUCGAGGACUGGCUAGCUGAGGAAGCCAAUACUGCAGAUUCACUGCCUAAACUCGGUGUGUACGGCCAGGAUUUCUUGAGUGUGUUGAUCACGAUAGGGACGAAGCGGGAAUAUACCAUCCCUCUCUUCCGCUGGGUGAUGAACACGUAUCCAAGCAUGUAUAUGAGAGCUGAAAACCGGUCCCAAAAACAGUCUUUACUAGCAGAGGCCCACUCAUGGCCCAACUCCAAGGCAUUCGUGCCAUACUUCCUCAGGAACUAUCCCGCGCAAACCGCAAAGAUACUCGAAUUAGAUAACUCUGUACUUCUGGACAUCCUCCCUGUCAUGAUAGAGGAGGAUUGUUCAGAGCCUAUCUUUGCAAAACUGAACUCGGUAGUGCUCGCUACUACCGAUAGCCAGAAGAACUCAAUUCUACAUCUCUUGUGCGAAUAUGAGGUGGAAGAAUGGGAAUCCACGCAAGACGCGGACCAUUGGACCGAGAAGCGUGUCAGGUUGAUCAAGAACUUCCUUACAUACUAUCCAUACUCCGUCCAGUUGAGAAAUUUGAGCAACCAAUCUGCGUACCAGCAUCGGAUUCGCACGUUCGCUGCGUGUAAGGAAGUGGUACCCAAGGAGAAGAUUGACCCUUCCCUAGGUUUUGGUCUUGAACCGAGAGAAUCGAGAGAUGAUAAGAUCCUCACACUGCUGAAAGAAAGAAUAAUGAAUCUCAACGAUAAUGAAUUGAUUGCGGCUCUUUUGUAUGGUCAGAUACAAAGGCGUGUGUUGUAUCUAGAUUUGACAGAACUUGGACACAUGGACAAACCAAAACCCGCCAGCACUGUCAAGGAUCUAGAGCAGCAGCUUGUGAGAAAGGGAAACGUAGAAGAUAUCUUCAAUGUUUUGUGGGAGAAAGGUGUGAAAAAAAUUAUCAAAAUCAGUGUCGAUGACGAUGAGGAUCUGCCCCACAGUGAUGAAGUGAUUGAGACCUUGGGGAAAUUUGGCAUUGAAGAAUGGGACUGGCGACGGAAGGACCUAUGCAGCAGUGUGAUCCUCAAAGCGGCGCGAAAUUCUCGAAAGGUGUUUCUAUACUCAACAGGGAAUAAAGCAGUGCUUUGCAGCUGGUCAGCACCAGAUGGAUUGAACUAUCUGAAGAAGUUGACAGAUGUCCAUGUACUCGUACAGCCACGAGUUGAGAGCCCUGAACGUAUAAUUCUAUACCUCAAUAAGUUUACGAGUAGAAAUACCUGGCUGGAUAAUAUGGAUAGGUUUGUAUCUUUUGUUAGGAAUAUACCUGAACCUGGCCGUGAAGUGAGGAUCGCAGUGAUUGACGAUGGAGUCGAUAAAUUCCGGGAAGAUUUCGAAGAUAGCAUAGUUGAUGGAAUAUCUUUCUUCUCCCCUCAGAAAGAUCAAUUCGCUGGUACACGACCAUACUACUUUUCAACCAGUGGCCACAGCACCGUAAUGGCGAAGACUAUUCGACGAUUGUGCCCCACGGCCAAGCUCUAUGUCGCUCGGUUGGAUCAGGGGGUCAACGGAGAGCCUACUAUCGAAUCAGCAAUCAAAGCAAUUUCCUGGGCUACGGCAAUCGGUGUGGAUAUCAUCUCAAUGAGCUCAACAUUUCCUGAACUGCGUGAUACAGAGUCAAGAAAGCUAAGUGAGGUAAUUGACGAAGCCCACAAUAAUAAGAUCCUCACUUUCGCCCCAGUUACCGAUCAAGGAUUUAACCGGCCUGAUACCCCGUUUCCAGGCAAGAUACCAGGUGUCUUCCGCGUCGGCGCGGCAAGAGACAGCGGAGUGCCGGAUGACCUUUCCCAAGGAUAUGAAUUUCUCUUCCCUGGCGGGAGCAGCGUAACCAAUGUUCGGCAGUGUGAGGAAGGUAGUACCGGUGCAAACUCCGAGGUGAUAUUGGGAAGCUCCUUUGCAACCGCUGUGGCGUCAGGUCUUGCAGCCUUGAUACUCCAUUGUGCGGAACUCUGCGAUCUGGGGGACGAAUACGGCGAUGACCUUCGCCAGUACCAAAACAUGAAAGACAUUUUCCGCGUCAUGGCAUCGGACUCCCCGCAAUCAUCAUAUAUACAGGCAGAGAAGUGGUUCCCAGCCAGCUUUGAGAACAAGGAUUGGAUGGAGGAUGAGGACCAAGACGAACUUCGCAGGAGAAUCACCGCGAUUAUCACGUAG